GGUGCGCGUGCGGCGUGUGGCCCCGUGCAGGGAUCGCGGGCCCGGUGGAGUGCGCGCGCUUAGUGAAGCGUGGAUCGUGGUGAGACGCGGUGUCGUCGCGUGCGCGCAUACGUCGUGAUGUUUGGACGGUGGAAGUUAGCCGCAUACGAGCCGCGUUCGCGCACUGAGAGGUUAGACAUCGUAAGCGACUGAGUAAUACGCUGGGGAAGGUGAAGCGCGCGACGCUCGCGUCGGAGGCAAGUACGGCUGUGCGAGCGACUGGCCAAUCGACGGUGAGGCGCCUGCACGCCAAACCAUUGGGAGGCGGCGUUAGGUAACGGCGGCAGCUCGCGUCGCGGGCUGUGGAAUAUGUGGGAACCGGGCAGCGGGGACAGCGGCAGCGGCAGCGGCAGCAUCGACAACGCCAACGCCAACGCCAACGCCAAUCGGGGCUUCGUCGUCCUCUUAACCGCGCUGAGCUUUUGCGUGCUCCUCUACAAGGCCUGGGGUCCCCUGCUCUUCAUCACUUGCGCCCUCGUGCUCGUCGUGCACACGUGCUACUCGCUGCUGGUCAACGACAGUCUCUUCGCGCCCCAUACGCUCGUCUUGCUUCGCUACGCCAGGGGAUACGGCCUUGAGCUCGCGCUCGCUCUCAAGCUGCUCUUUGCCCUGGGCAUUCGAAGCACGGCCAGGGCCUUCGAGUACCUCAAGCGGCGCUACGACGUGGGCUGUAGAAGGCGAUUCAACGAGAGCCACGGAUCACCCGGGAGCCCGGACGAAGAUAUGAACGGCCGGCAGAGGAACGCCUAUAGGCUCAGCACUACGGCUAUAGAUAUGGCUGAGCGUCCGAGCCCUAUAAAUCAUGAUCCUUAUCGUGCAUUUGCUUUGAAUGGAGCUUGCGAUGGCGCCAGGACUUCAACGCCAAUACCCAGAGGAAGUACUUGGACAAAUGCUGCGCAGGUUAAUGGAGAUUUAGGGCAAUUCAUAUCGAUUAAUUCAUUUACAGCUAAAAAGACCACGACCUCACGCUGUGAAAACAAACAGCCUAGUAUAACUCUGCCUCGUAGCGAAGAAACUCUCUAUAGCCCGAAAGGUUCGCCUUGGGGUAAUAGUAUUAGUCCAAAAAUGAGAGAUAGAAAUGUUAUUAAAACUGUGCAAACGGUUGCUGGACCUCUGCUGGCUUCGACAAGAUACAAUAUUGACCCCAAAAUAUAUACAGAUGUGAGUUCGCCUGGCUUCACAACGCGAUUAACAAAAUAUGCCGCCGAAGCGAAUAAUAAAUUGACUCAUCAGCCCCAAUACGGCACAGGUCAAUUUCCAAAAGUUAAUCUUCAUGCAAGUCCAACGCCGCUAUUAAGUCCUAAAAUAGCAAGAGCUAGAAUUCCAGUUACCGUUAGAGUUGCACCACCGGAAAUCAUAAAUUACUCACCAACGGACAGUCACUCGCAUCAAGAAAGACACAAGAUGUUUCCCAACAAUUCUGGACCAGAACUCAAAGAAUCCACGUCCUGCCCAAAUAUUGAUCCAGUUCUUAAAAAAAUAUCAUUAAAGCGACAUGCUUCCAGAGAAGAUAUGUUAGAUAUAGCUAAGAAGCAACGCGCUGAAAAAAUGUAUUAUGGACAGUUGGAAAACCUUGAAGAAAUGAUGCAAAAAAGAUCAAGAGAUGAGUCUAUGACAUCGGAAGACGAUCUGUCUCCUCAAUCAAAAACUCAACGACCUACAAAAAGAUCAAAAGCAUCGUCUUGUCAUGAUAUUUUACAUUCGCUUAGUUCUAGUCUUAACGUCUUUUCUGGUGUUAAAAGGAAAGCCAUUGAUACUUCACGUUGUAAUACUCCAGACAUUGAGAAGCAUUUUAAAUCAUCAUCAAAAUCUCCCAAUAGAAGUUCAUCUUUUACCAUACACCCUGAAAAGGAAGUUACAAAUUCUAAGGAACAAUUAAACACGAAAGUUUCCGUUAUAAAUGCAUCCGGUGAGCCUCAUCAGCCUAAGAAAAAAGAUAGGAGCUCAGAAAAACUAAAAACAAGCGAACAUUCUCAAGAAUGUCAAUCGAUGCAUACUACGAAGGAUUUGAAUUAUCCAACGCCCAAAGCUUCAAAAGGAGCUUCUGUUGGGCCUAAAGAUGCAAACUUAACGGACAAAUUAUUCAUGAGAGCCGAGCCACAAACGAAUGAAAAACUGAAGAUUUUGAUAGAGGAGCAAGGAAACAUCGAAGCUAAAUUCACAGUGGAUGGCAAGGAUGAAAUAAAAAAGAAAGAUAUUGUAAAUAUGAGGCAAAAUAGUAUGCGUUUGAGACUCCAAAGCAUGUUUGAUGCAAUAUCUGGAAAAUCUGCAAGUAAAAUUGAUCCGGACGUCGUCAUCCAGGCGGAGGAAGUGAAUCCAACCACCUCGUCUAAUUACACUUCCCUAAACUCGCAAACAUCAACAACAACCGUAAAUGCGUCACCUAUCGUCGCGACCAUAGUACCCAUCUUGAAAAGUGACACCGAACCCAAGUCCCCGUCCACAAAACACGUGACUUUUGAUUUGCCCGUAAACACGAGUUCAGAGACGGCAAGAGUGGGGGUCAGCUCUCCUCCCCCAAUCAAAGAAUCAGUUGACAAAUCUCUCGGAAAAGAGGUUCCGACCUUCGACUGUUUUACAAGUGCCGUCCCGCCCCUAACAUUUAGCUUUGGCAGCGUUGUCGCCCCCAGCACGUCCAAUUCUACAAAAUUACCUACUACCAACGGUACAAUGGGGGCCAUUAUAAGUUGCUCGCCGACCGGCUUUACCAGUAUUCCUGACAUUUCCAAAAGCUUCACCUUCACCGCCAGUAGUUCGGAAUUCACGUCCGAAAGCGUUGCUAGAACGGUGACGUCGACAGUUUCGACGCCGGUGAUAUCAUCCGCUUCGGCCUCCACGACCAGCGCCAAGAGUACGAACUUGAACACGACCGUGACUAUUGCCAUUUCCUCUGUCACCACCACUAGUGGCAACACAUUGAACUUUGCCAAUCCGCUUUUAAAUAGCUCGCCCACCAUGUCCGUUGCACGACCAACGAUAACGCUGCCAAGUUCGACGAGCAACAAAAAGGAGAGCGGUGGAUUUACUUUCGGUGCGGUUACUGCCAAUAGUAACAGCAUCGGAAAUUUAGGUCAAUCGUCGCCUAGCCUGAUAUUCUCGUCGAUUGCUUCGACGGCGGCGAUGACCACCGCCGCCGCACCUGUCUUCACCUUCAGCGCUGCUAACAAGACUUCGAGUUCCAGCUUCUCGUUUGGGUCGAUGGUACAACCGAUCGCGGCUACAGCUCCGAGCAUGGCACCGAGCACCACAUCGAGCACCAGCUUCGGAACCGGUGCUCAACAAGCCCUCGCUACCAGUACCGGUUCUUCCACCAUCUUCCCGGCAAUUACGAAUAUGAGUGGUAGCACGAGCAUCACCGGUAAGACAUUUUGGACUUUCAGGCUUCGACUUGGCCUUUACAAUGUACUGAUCGCGGCUUACGCUCCUAAUGUCAUACUAAUACUUGUACAAACUGUCUGUGUUCAAUCGACUCCAUUAGCAUCUAUGACACCGACAUUUGGGAGUUCCGUAAUAUCGCCUUUCGGUGCCACCAACUCCUCCAGUCUCUUCAGCGGCUCACCGAGCACGUCAACACCCGCGACAAUAUUCAAGUCUCAGCUAUCACCGGCCACGUCGAUUCCUACGUCGGCACCCACGUCGACCAUAUUUGGCUCUCAUGUCGGUAUUUCGACCUUCGGUGCGUCUGCGGGAUCAUCCACGUCCGCGUCCUCGAUGACGAGUGGGACAACUACAGCAUCGACAAACUUCUUUGGCGGCAUUAUACCCGCGAAGCCGGGCACAACCUCGACGAUACCAAGUAUGUUUGGGAAAGCAGUCCCGACAACCACAUCCACGACUACGUCUCCAAGGUCCACCUUCGGAGACUCCACCGGCCUGCAACAAAAGGUGCAGCCGACCAAUAUAUUUUCGGGGACAACGUCCGGGGCGACCUCGAUAUUUGGCUCUUCAACCACAACCUCGGCGUCCAGCAUGACCGUGGGAUUGUUUAGCAAUUGCAGCCCAGCAGUUCAGAACACCUCUAAUUUGGUACCCGCGUCAAGUCCAUCCGAUAGCACAAAUAUCUUUGGCCAAACCAAAUCACCGACCUCCGUACUGUUCGGCACUUCGAGUUCAAGCUUUGGCCAAACUAAACCGACGUCCAGCUUCGCGAUGCCGAGCACCAGUAGCCCGGGCACGUCACUGGCCUUCCUGGUCAGUCAACCUCAGUCGGCAGUACCAUCUAGCAACACCAUAUUCGGUUCAACUUUUGGCUCGACCGCGUCCACGAGUAGCGGCAGCAGCAGCGGUAGCUUUGCCACUCACGGUACCGCGUCUACGAGUACCUUUGGCAUCGUCGCACCCGCGCAUACCCCGAGCUUUGGCAGCGGCUCCGGAACUUCACCGUUCGGCGGUCAGUCGAACGUCAAUCAAACGCCGAGUCUCUUUGGAAACGUGGCCGCGCCCACCGCAACCUCAUUUAGCUUCGGAGCUAAUCAACAACAGACCCAGGCCCAGACCCAGGUCCAGUCCCAGCCCCAGCCCCAGUCCCAGUCCCAGCCCCUUCAAACAACAACGACAUCGUUUUCGUUUGGAAGCACGGGUAGCACCGGCACUUCCGGCAAUACCGGAGGCCUCUUCCAAUUCGGCGGCUCGACUUCCAACAAGUCAACUGGUUUCAACUUUAACGCGCCCACGGCUACGCCGUCAAUGAACUUUACCGGUUCAACGGCCCCAAGCUUCAACUCAUCUGUACCACCGCAAGGUGCACCACCGGCCUUCAAUGCACCAACAACAAAUAUGUUCAGCAUAGGUUCGAGUUCAUCGAGCCCUCGACCACGUACCAGUCGACAGAGGCGACAAAGAUGAUGGAGAAUGUAAAAAAUAACAUACCAACGACCUCCUUAAUCGUUCGCGUAUGUGUGAACAUUCGAUAUGCGCAAAGCACAAUUACAAGAGAGGAGGAAAAGAGCAAUGGUAAAGAAGGAGGAUGG